AUGAAACUGGCAUUCGUAACUGGGUCAAACAAAGGCAUUGGAUAUAGCAUUGUUGAAAAGCUUGCAGAAUUUUAUGGGUCAUCAGGAGAGUGGGAUAUUUAUCUAACAGGUAAGAAGUUGUUGGUUGAUAAUUUAACAGCUCGAAAUGUUGAGCUUGGUCAGGAAGCUGUGGAGAAGCUCAGUAAAAAGGGCCUGGAUGUUAAAUUUCAUCAACUAGAUAUAACUGAUCGAGAUAGUCGAAAAGCGUUCCUAACAUUUGUAGAGAGAAACUAUCCUAAUGGAAUCAACAUUGCAGUGAAUAAUGCUGCGAUUGCCUUUAAAGCUGACACUCCAGAGUCACAUGGCGAGCAAGCCCGAGUCACUGUUAACGUUAACUUCACUUCGACUGUCGAUUUCACGGAAGAGUUCAUUCCUUUACUGGCUGAAAAUGCCAGAGUCGUCAAUGUAUCUUCUACUCUUUCUUUGUCCAAUCUGAUGGAACUUAGUGACGAUCUGUACGAAAAAUUUGUCGGCCAAAUGAAUCUUUUUGAACUAAAAGAACUUAUGGCGGAGUUUGUAAGGUCUGCUGAGGAUGGUACUUAUUCUGAGAAAGGUUGGGUGUCAAGUGCGUAUGCGGUAUCUAAAAUAGGCCUUACAAAGGCUUCAUUUAUUUUUGGUGAAAUGCUGAAAGAUGAUCCAAGAGGGAUUGUGAUAAAUUCGUGUUGUCCUGGUUAUGUUGACACUGAUAUGACUGACCAUAAAGGUGUGAAGACAACGGAUGAAGGUGCUGAUACACCGUUCUAUUUGGCCACAUUACCGAUUGACUCAAAAGAGCCAAUUAAUCAAUUCGUCCACGAAAGGAAGGUGGUCAAAUGGUCCAAGUGA